AUGAGUGAUCACGAGAGUGAUAGCGACGCAUGCUCGCAGGAGAUACCCAACCCUGGAGUUGGCGUGAAGUGGAUCUACUACCGUCGGCGCGAUGAGCUAGAAGCAUUGGCACAAGAAUUUAAGUUCUCAGUCGAAGGCAAAGUCGAGGACAUGCGAAAGGCGUUCGCGUCCCUAAUAGCCAAAAGUAGGCUUGGAAAGAAAGUCUGGGCUCGACUGGCCGAAUUGGAAAUAAUAUACACGCGACCGCGCACUCCACAACCCGACGCUCAAGCCACCACCUCGGGUUUGAGCCAGCAGUUCUUACAGGCCCCGUCGGUUACCCUAUCCAAGACGGAAACACUUACGACGUCUCACGUCCCGGUACUAUCUUCCACCCCCGCCACGUCAAGUCUACAUAAGCCAAUUCCCCCGGCACUCGUCAGCGAAUCCCAGUCGAACCCGAUCAUCGCCAACCCAAGCCAUGGACCAUACGGUACUCACCUGGAUCGAAUUCGGAAAUGGGGAAUCCAAUUCGACGGCCAGGGUGAUCCGUUGGCUUUCGUCGAGGCAUUGGAGGAACGGGCUCAGGCAUACGGGAUUAAUCGAUGCAUUGCCAAGGAGUAUGGUCGAAGGCUUGGUGGAUCGUGCCGCGCGUUGGUUCCGAACCAGUGGGCUGAGCGCAGUCCCUUGGUCGGAGUUCCCACGACGCAAGAGUUGGACCGAAUCUACGACAACGCCCGCCCCGAAUACCAGUAUUACGCCCGCCGACACGAGAUCACAAGUCUUCCCCAACUGAUCCAGUUGGCCACGGAGUUCGAAUACAUACAGGAUCGAAUCCAGCCACGGACCUCACUGGCAACGGCGACUACCAUUUCACCCCCGGCACCGGCCCGCCGCCCCUUCAGUGCCGGAUGUAGCCCGGGUUUGCCGACGAUGCGCGGAACCAGGACAUGUACAGGCAGCAUGUCAGAAUCCUGCCGUGAUUUUUUGUUGGGACUGCGGCAAACGAGACAUACGCACGAUCCAUUGCUGUCGGAACAACGGGACGGGAAACGGUCAUCGCCCUCUACCCCGGCGGGAGGAGCAGAGGACGAUAGACACCACGACCCGCCAGUAAUCCCCACGAUGCAUCUAACCGGUGGGAGGAUCGUGGCCAAGAUCCAGAUCGAAGGCCUGCCCACCGAGGGAACUGUGGAUACCGGUGCCACCACGAGUUUCAUCAACGAAGAAUUGGCCGCACGACUUAGCACCCCCGAGAACACAUUGGCUAAGGAUUCGCGAAUUCGUCUCGCUGACGGCUCCGUUCGGGAGGUCACGAAGACGCUCACAGCGCGUGUCCGCCUGGAGAAUCGAGAAGUUCGCGUAGCCUUCUUAGUCCUGCCACAUAUCCUUGAGCCCGUGAUACUGGGCCUGGAUUUCCUCUGUUCCAUAGAGACAACGAUUUGCUGCGGUACAGCCCAGAUUCGUUUAGAUACCUCGUUAGCACCGAAGAAAACACCUUUGUGCCAUCAAGCUUCGCACCCCGGGCCUACCCUGGCGACACCCCCUUCUCCAGUUCCACGGAAACGAACAUGCGUAGAAGCAGAUCCAAUGCCCCGACCGACUCCUAGACCCCGUCCCCGGCUUACAAGGCACAACCCUGCUGCCCCAAUUCCGCUCCCGGUCACCUUGUCCAGCGUAAUUCCUGCCGUCCCAGACACAAGGGGACCGAGUGUCUAUGACACGACCCAUCUCCAAGACUUUGGACUUCAAACGUCCUCUCCAGCCCUCGAGAUGGGGUCCGACACAGACGAGCAAGGACCUUCCCCAUGGCCUGCAGACAUUACGCCAAGCAUUCAAGGAUUCCUACAAGAGGAACUCCCCAAGUUUGACGGGAUGACCGGAGUAACCUCAAUCGCGGAACACAUUAUAACGCUGCGCGACGAGCGGCCUAUCAAACAGCGUUAUUUUCCCAAGAACCCAGCCAUGCGAAGGAUCAUCGACGAACAGGUCGAUCAAUUGCUGGAGGAUGGGCUAAUCGAGCCUUCCUACAGCCCCCCACAGUGCCCCAAUCGUAUUAGUGAGAAGAAGAAUGGACAAUGGCGGAUGUGCGUGGACUACCGACAACUCAACGAGCGAUCCGUUCCUGAUGCAUACCCCCUUCCGAGGAUUACCUACAUCCUGGAACGCCUACGACACGCGAAAUUCAUAUCCACGCUGGACCUUAAGAACGGCUACUGGCAGAUACCGAUGGCUACGGGAAGUCGAGAGGCCACCGCUUUCACCGUACCGGGACGCGGCCUGUAUCAAUGGCGAGUGAUGCCAUUUGGACUACAUUCGGCCCCGGCGACAUUCCAGCGUACCUUGGACUCCGUGAUCGGAGUUGACAUGGAACCUUUCGCCUUCACGUACUUGGACGAUAUUGUGGUGGUCGGGAACUCCCUAGAGGAACACAAUAAGCACCUUAGAGAAGUGUUCAAAAGACUCCGGCGGGCGAACUUACGUAUAAACCACGAAAAAUGUGCAUUCUUCCAGCGAAAAAUAACCUACUUAGGGAUCAGUGAGGAGGGGAUUCACACGGAUCCCAGCAAGGUAGCAGCUGUCCGCGAAUUAAUUCCCCCGUCGAACCUGAAAGAAUUACGCCAGUGCAUCGGCAUGGCAUCGUGGUACCGCAGAUUUGUCCCUAACUUUGCUACGGUGGUGCAACCCAUGUCACAACUCCUGAAAAAGGGGCGGAAGUGGACAUGGGGCGAAGAGCAGCAAGUCGCGUUCGAUGAGUUAAAAACCCUGUUGACCACCGCCCCUGUGCUAGCGUGCCCGGACUUCCACGUGCAGUUCGUGCUACAAACUGGCGCUAGCAACGUGGGAAUCGGAGCAGUCCUGACUCAAGAAAUCGACGGUCAAGAGCGGGUGAUAUGCUAUGUUAGUCGACGGCUCAACAAAGCGGAGGAGAACUACUCCGCCACCGAGAAGGAGUGUCUCGCAGUGAUCUGGGCCAUCAGGAAACUUCGUUGCUAUCUGGAGGGUUAUCGAUUCGAGGUCGUCACCGACCAUCUGGCACUCAAGUGGUUGAAUUCACUAGAAUCACCACAUGGACGUGUGGCACGUUGGGCUUUAGAGCUGCAACAAUACCAAUACGACGUGCGAUAUCGACCCGGAAAGCAGAACGUAGUCGCCGACGCUCUUUCCCGACAACCCCUUACCAGGCUGGCUAUGUUAAAGGAGGAGGCCCAACCUUGUUCGUGGUUAUCCCGGCGCAUACGACAGGUGAGUGAGGAACCACAACGCUACCCGGACUAUACCAUCAGGGACGGGCAACUGUUCCGGCACAUCGUGCAUCGGUCCGAUGACUUCGACGACGUGACGUGGAAGUUGUGCGUACCCCGGGUCAUGCGACCCCGCGUUCUUCACGAGUGUCAUGACCAACCAGCUGCCGGCCACUUAGGAGUACGUAAGACUAUUCUUCGAAUCAGUCAACGGUACUACUGGCCAGGUAUGCAUCGGGACGUCAAGAAGCACGUCCGGCAAUGCCUGAGCUGUCAAAAAUUCAAGACAUCACAGCAGAAGCCUGCCGGACCCAUGCAUACCCGGCCCGCAGAAGAACCCUUCGCCGUCAUUGGAGCCGAUUUCGUCGGCCCACUUCCUCGUUCCAAGCAAGGUAACACUAUGCUCCUCGUUUUCUUUGACUUGUUUUCCAAAUGGGUAGAGCUAGUGCCACUACGACGUGCCACUACUGCGAGCCUUCAGCGUGCGUUCCGAGAGCGAAUCCUCGCUCAUUUCGGGGUUCCGCGACGCUUCGUGUGCGACAAUGGGACGCAAUUCACUAGCCGGUCUUUCAAGGCAUUUCUAAAAAUCGCCGGGGUCGACCUACAAUACACUGCUCCCUAUUCGCCACACGAAAAUCCAACGGAACGAGCCAACCGGACGAUUAAGACCAUGAUCUCGCAACUAAUCGACGGACAGCAGAACCAAUGGGAUGAGUUACUUCCAGAGAUCACACUAGCUAUCAAUUCCAGCGUCUCCGAGUCCACCGGCUACAGUCCAGCUUUCCUCGUACAGGGUAGGGAGCCACGACUUCCCGGAGGAUUAUAUGACGAGGUGACACCAGAGGCCCCCGGCGAACUAGAAGACCCCAGUAAUAAGGCAAAAAGACUGCAGGAGAUAUUUACCAUCGUACGCGGAAACCUGAACCAAGCGAGCCAUGACCAGAGUCGAAUUACAACCUACGCCGGAGGUAAUGGCGACCUACUUUGGGCGGAAAGAAGAGUAGCCAACAUUGCCGAUCUCCGGGAGUUCCAAGAGCAGAGGUCUGACUCCGAGGCCGACGACUACGAGAGCGACACGUCGGGAAACAUGGAACCUAUCGACCUUACGCUUCCUUCCCCGCCACGCGACUACGCCGGCGAGGAUGAACCCCGGACAACUCCUGACCCCUCGAGACCCCACUAUUCCCCGUGCCCAGAGGAUGAACCCCGGACAACUCCUGACCCCUCGAAGCCCCACUAUUCCCCGUGGCCAGAAGAUGAACCCGUGAUGACUCCCCACCCUACGGAGCCACAUUACUCCCCGUGGCCCGAGGACGACCCUGGGUACCAUGCUGGCAUCCGAGUCGUCUAUAACCCCGCCAGCGAGGGGGAAUCGGAGGAUGAUGAGUCCGAACAGGAGGAGAGCAGCGAGGCGGAAGAGCCUUUCUUUCGACCCCCACCAGGCGCUUGGUCACCCAGGCCCGGACAACGCCGCGACCCGCGACUAGGGCGUGGAAGUGUAUGGUCGACCCCCGUCGCCGACCGAGACGGAGGCGCAGAGAUACCAGCUUCCCCCCCCACUCAGGAUAGUGACGCGGACGAGCCCUUCUUCGUCGAGGAGGUAGAGCGUACAGGUCCACGCUGGGAGUCCGCGUCGUCGGACGACGAGCCGGACGGGCCUCGGUUCCGCCGGCAGUACGCAAGGACAUCCCCAGCCAACGAGGAGUCCGACCCUCUCGACGACCUACUGGAGGUCUUGGGGCCGGACUUGGUGCCGUUGCAGGAGGAGGAGGAGAAACCUCUGAUGACCGAGGUAGCCCACGAAAGCGAGCUGGUGGAAGCUCCUGCCGAGUGGAAUGUAGAAACGCCCCACCGUCAACUACCCCGGGGCCUAGUCGAGGAGGUCCACCGCAGCGAGGGACGAGGAACCAGGACAAGCUGUAGUAGUGUGACUACACUCUACUACAGUCGACGCCGGAACGGCGUGUACAGUGCGAUUGGGCCAGUGUGA